CCUGAGACGUCGGGGCCAGCAGAAAGGUGUGCCAGCAGCAGCCUCAGCAGCAACAGACGGCACCGAGGUCAGGAAGAGAGGGCCCGGGCGACCCAGGAAGUACCCCCUGCCCGCUCCUGUACCGACCUCCACGUUGUCGUCCUCGUCACCGCCACCGCCGCCGCCACCUCCACCGCCACCCCCACCCCCACCCCCACCACCCAUCUGCUGCUCUACCUCCUUCUCCUCCUCCUCCUCCACAUCUCCCUCUACCGCCCCCCCGCAGUCCCCAGAGCAGCCAGCGGCGAGGAGCCGGGUGGAGGUCGUUGGGGAGAGGCUGGCAGAGCGCCCCGCGGCUCCCAAGAGGGACGGCGAGUUAGGCGCGGGCGCCAAGCGGAAGCGAGGACGCAAGAGGAAGAACGCCGACUCCCCCUGUCGUCAGAGCACUGUGUACUAAGCCAGUGCCUUUUCUCUCUAUCUCUCCUUUUCCUCCCUGUCUUUCUACCUCUCUCUUCAUUCCUUCCUUUUAGUCUCAGCGACGAUAAGCCCGAAAGCGACGAUCCAGCACAAUAUUUAGACCAGUCAGAGACAGAGCAGCUGUCGCCCACCACAGCCGUCCAAUGGGAGAGGAGAGCGAAGACCUACCCCAGCAAGAGGUUCUUAAGUUCCGGCCUUUACUCGGACGAUUACAAAACCACAGACUCCUCCACCGAAUCCAACCCAACCAGCACAGCGAGUUUGGAGUAUACCGCGGGAGAGCGCGAGCACAGCCUCCUACCGGCUCCACUUCAUGUCGGCAAGUACCUGAGGCUGAAGCGGAUCGAUUUCCAGCUGCCCUAUGAUGUACUGUGGCUCUGGAGACACAACCAGCUGAACCAGCCGCCCGCGGUGCCGCUGAAGAGGAAGAGGCUCUGCUGCCGGCCGAAGGGGAGAACAAGAGCGUCUCUCCAUGAAGCCGAGGAUGGCUGUGGGGACCUGGUCGGCCUCUUCCCUCAUCUGGAGAUGGAGCCCAUGACCAGCACUGAGAGGAGCUUCGUGGUGAGGCAGCGCGUUUUCCUGGUGAGGAACUGGGAGCUGGUGCGGGACAAGCAGAUCCACCUGAGGAUGGAGCGGGAGCGGCGAAGGCAGCGGGCGGAGAGCGACGCCGCGCACCGCCCGGCCAGCAACGGGGACCGCAGCAACAUCCAGUCAGAUGAGCCGCUCGGGUCGGCCGUCAUCAGCAGAGACCCCCACAGCGGGACGCCAGACAACUCCGUCUCUCUCACUGCCUACCCUCAUCGAACCAAAGCCCAGAAUAGAAGAGAGGAAACGGGAGAGAAAGACGAAUCCCAGGAAGAAGAAGAAGGAGAAGAAGACAAAGACGACCAAGUUUGCCGCAAAGAAUUGCGGAGGAAACGACUGAACGACUUACUCCUUGCACUGCAACAUUCAUAAGCUUAGAGCCAGAGGUGGGAUCGCUCUGGGGGGAUUUGGAGCCGGCCCUCGGGGAUAGAUCGGACAGAGAGGAACUCUAAACACCAGCGUUGCAAUCCCGCCUUAAGGACUAAUUAUUGCAAAAUGAAAGAGAGAGAACCGAUGCAUAUGAUGGAGAGGAAAUCUAUACGCAGAACACAGCCCAACAGUUUGAGUGUGGUGAACCCGGUGCUCUAAAGGGCAUCAUACCAACAUUGAAACCAUGGCAACGCAUUCUUAGUCCGAGAGGCGAAGGACGUGCGAAGCGGAGAGAGAGCGAGACAGCGAAAGAGAGAGUUGACAGAAAAUUGACCAGCUGAGAUGAAUUUGCACUAGUGCUGGAUAGAUGAAGCACACUAUAGACUGCAUGCUAAGUGGACACACUAUUAACACACACACACACACACACACACACACACACACACACACAUAUACACACACAUUUGAACAGCCCAUACUUUGGCACCUUAAUCAAAGUCGUGGAGACAUUGGUCAGUCGUCUGAAUGCCAUGCUUCAGUUCAGGAUAAAGAGAGUAUUCUCCCUAGCGGUUCAGACUAGUUUCCUCCGUGUUCUGUGCUUAAUGUCUUUGGCCCAGAUCACUGCGCAGGUGAGGGUAAGCAGAGACGAGAGAAGGGAGACAUUUUUAACUAUUUAGACAGUGCUUUGGUCCUCCUCAGUGCCCCACCCCCACCCUACCAGGUCUGUUAUCCGUUAAAAAGGGGUGGGAGUGGGGGGGCUCGUACGGGAAGGAAUUUUGGCAAUGCUGCAAUAGAGUUUGUAACGAGGUUCUCAGAGGUUAUAUUUUAAAAAAUAGCAAAUGUCUAGUAAGGAAAUGUACUCUGCAUAUUAAUGGUUAGAAAGUGCUUGUUGUUGACUAUACUUAGUAUUGUUCUAGUGGGGGGAGGGGGUGUAAUGUGUUUCUGUUUACUUCGGACUGCCUUGGAGAAUGUUUUGCUCUUUGCUCUACACGGACCACAGACAAUCAAAAUGUUUUAAAGGGAAAGAAAAAAAAAAAAUUGAGGAAUGUACCCAGAAUGCUCUGUAAGUGCCAAGUUGUACGAUUAAUAUCUACGCAAAUUGAUGCAGUGUUUAAAAGCAAUAUUCCCUGUGGUAACUAUUGACUAUGUAACACCUUUGUUUUGUAUUUUACUUUUUUUUAUAUUUUAUUAUUUUGCAAAUGCAAGGUCAGUUUUCUGUACAGAUAGUUUGCCAAUGUUAUCAUAGAAAAAAAAAGGAAGAUACACCUAGUAUAGAUAUAUAUCUAAGUGUCUUAUUACAAGUAAAUGUUUUACAAUACAUAUAGUUUACUACCUACCUAUCCACAGUGGUAUGUACGAUUAGUAUUAUGAAUUAUAUAUUAGUACUCUCCGGAUUAGUUGUUACUAAACAGAACUUUUUUUUGACUUAAGACGUUUUUAAAAAUGACUGACUGAUAUAGUAUCAGACAUUUCUCUUUUAAAUUGACAAUGAUUGUAUAUGAAUCUUUUUAUAGAAUACAUAAUUUGUUUCGUUAUUUUUAUUUCAGAUAAUUUUAUUUUUUGUGGGUCAGACAAUCAAUUGUUAAUGAAUUGGUUACCUUUUGUCAACGACAGUCUUUUAAGUCUACACUUAAUUAUACUGUGGCUUCCAAAUAACAAGCCAAGAAAGUGCAAUUUCUUUGACUGUUUACAUGUAUAUUUCCCAUUGUCCCUUUCUAACAAAAAGCACUACACUAUUGCCAGUGGAUGAUUAACUUUAUAGCAAAGGUACACACAAUACAGAGUUAUUUAUAUAGUUUGCAUGAAAUGUAGCCUUUGCCUCUUCCCUAUGAUAAUGUGCAUCUGAAAAACAAAAAGGAAAUUGUUGAUAUCAUCACUCAAUGCCAUUGAAUGUCUGUCUAACCUUUUUGCCUCUAUAUCCACAAUAAAAAAAAAAACAUUCUA